UAGCAGCUGGGGUGGCCUCUCUUACUUGUAGGAUGGUUCAGGACCCGGCGUCUCGCUUUGCGGCUGCGUGCUAACACGAAGUGAUCCACGGUGAGAAGACUGUAUAGGCCGGCAUAUCAAUUACCGGAAGAAAUCGGCGAAAACAACGAGGGAGAGGAGCAGAGGCAGUAUGAAGGCAUAGUAACCGCAGUGUGGCACUGCUCUUUAUAGACAACCAUUGGGCUGUGAUAUUUGGGCCUGCUCUGCCAUUCAUCGCUGGACUCUCAAUCACUAAUACGGGAAAAUGCCAGCAUUUAAGUUAACAACACAAGCUUUCUGCAAAAUGAUGCUUCAUAGUGCAAAGUAUCCAUACUGUAAUGUAAAUGGCAUUUUGGUGGCUCAGAAGCAAAAGCGUAAAGAUGGUCAUCAGCAAGUCCUGUUUGUGGACUGUAUCCCUCUCUUUCAUGGUACUGUUGCGUUGGCACCUGUACUGGAAGUUGCAUUAACACUGAUAGAUACCUGGUGCAAAGAGAAUGACUAUGUAAUUGCUGGAUAUUACCAAGCAAACGAACGUCUAAAAGACACCAGUCCAAACCAAGUGGCUGAGAGAAUAGCAUCACGGAUAGCAGAAGGCUUUAAUGAUGCUGCUCUAAUAAUGGUGGACAACACUAAGUUCUCCAUGGAAUGUGUAAGCCCUUCCUUUCAUGUGUAUGAGCACCAUGAUAACAGGUGGAAAAGCAAAGAUCUGCAUGAGGAUUUAUUUGAAGACUGGCCAGAAGCUCAGAAAAUUACGGCAUCCCUCUUAGACAGCAGGUCUUAUGAGUCUCUUGUGGAUUUUGAUAGUCAUCUUGAUGAUCUUCGGAAUGAUUGGGCCAACCCAGAUAUCAACAAGUCCAUCCUUCAUCUAUGCUAAGAUUAUAGAGAUCUCUGGUGUGGUCCAUGCUAUGCAAGAUGACAUCUGAAUGUAGAAUCUGUUGUUAAGCAACAUCUCUACUUAGGCAAUGGUAGUUGACAGUAUGGAAUAUAUGGAAGAAAGUUCUUGUGGUGUUGGUAUCCUUACUAAAAAGCCAAGACCGUUAUCUUCAUGCCAUAGAGAAUAAUGAACUGGCAAGCAGAGUCUGAAAAUGUUUGCCCUUUCCCUGGAGGUUUGUGUGCCGUUUUCUAUAAACCGAAGUGGAGCAUUUCUUAUUCUCUCUUCAAUAUUCUCAAACCACAUCAAACGAAUUGGAUUUAACGGAUUUAACACAGACUUUAAUAUGUUUGGUUCUAAUUUAUAACUGUAUUAAAAUGGAGGUUUAAAGAAUGCAUAUUUUAAGAAACUGGCUAUACUAAGACGGCAAUGCCCUAAAUCGUGUAACAAAGCUUUCUAUUUGUAGCUACAUACAGCGUAAAGAUUACCUUGAUUGUUGUGGAAUUUGCACCAGAUGAUUAGAUCCCGUACCAAUGUGUUUUUUUUUUUUUUUUUUUUAAUUUACGUAAAUUUCUGAAUAGCUUAACUAAUUUAACAAGAUUUCAGAGAUCCCGGUUGUCAAAGGAUUUUGUUUCCCAUCCGUAUACAGUAAGAUCCCUCAAUAUUUGGAUGGACAACUUUUUUUUUUUUUUUACUAAUAUAGAUUUUGCCACUCCUAAAAUUGUAGCAAUUUUCGGAUGGGUUCUUUCUGUUUUUGCAGCUUAAGGAUGGCUUGUUUCAUCUGCAUGGAGAGCUCCUUUGACCGCAUGUUGUCUGUUCACAGCAAAAUCUUCCACAUACAAGCACCCCCCCCCCCCACAAAUCAACUCCAGGGCUUUUAUCUGCUUCAUUGAUAAUGACAUAACGAAGGAAUUGCCCACACCUGCCCAUGAAAUAGCCUUUGAGUCAAUUGUCCAAUCUCUUUUGAGCCCAUGAAAUGAAUUUAUUGUGUUAAAAAGAAAAAAAAAAAAAAAAAAAGAUUUAGUGCCAUUUUUAUGCAAUCUUUUUGUUCAACCCACUGAAUUAAAGCUGAAAGUCUGCAGUUCAACUGCAUCUGAGUUGUUUCAUUUAAAAUUCAUUGUGGUAAUGUACAGAACCAAAAUUAGAACAAAAAGUUGUCUGUCCAAAUAUUUAAUGACCCAACUGUAUAUGCAUUAGUCUUAGUGUUUUUCUCAGCUGUUUGCCUAUAGAUCACUUGGCUGACAAUUAUGGUUUUUUAAUGUUAUUAAUUAUGUUACAAAAUUCACACAAACCCACCCCAGUUCACCUUUUUUCUUUUUUUUUUGAUAAGACUUUUUCAAUAAUCACGGUGAUUUAUGUUUCCUUGCUCUGCAUCUCUCCUUAUUUAAUUUUGUUUUGAUUAUUUGUAUCUCCAAAUAAUUUAAAGUCUAAAAUAAAAUUCACUUGAAGUA